AUGGCUGGAGCUCUCCUCUUCGGCUCAGCCGCCUCUUCCUCAUCAAUUUUGCCAUUUGGCGCGUCCAAAACAGCCCAGGGAGCCUCCGCAGCCGCUUCAAGCUCAAAAGCUUCCUCGAGCUCCCUCCCGAAUGGGCAUACCGAAGUUGCCAAGGAUGGGAUAGCUACAACGUACCUCGAGCCCACCACGUACGGUUAUAAGGGAAAGCAGAAGUGGAUCGAUAGUGGUCGGGCAUUCGCUGCGGCUGUUGCGCCAGCGGGUGGGGAGAUAGCUAUGUGGACCACACCGAAGCCUGCAUCAGAUCCCAAUCAGCCUACAAAGCUUUCCGAUCCAAAGAUCUCACUCUCCGACUCGACACUAUACUUUGCAGCACCUACAACCCUACCUAACGCCGUCCUCAACUUCUACACCGAAACAUAUACACUCUUCACUUCGCUACAGCGGAUAGUCGCUUCUUCGAUCCGCUUACCGGCCGCAUCGAAUAGUAUCAAUGCCAGAGGCUUCGGAAUGGCCGAGGCCUGGGACAAGGAUGGGCGACUGGUCGGUGUUGAGGGGCUGCUGGGUCCACCUGGAGCAGAGACGGUGGGACACAUGCGGAGAUUGGUGGGAAUGUAUCUGGAGGAGAUCACGCGGCUGAAGGAGACCGAAGCAUUGGAGGUGGAGGUUAAGGGUAAAUGGACCGCUGUGUACCAUAUCUUCCAGCUCGCACAGAUUCUGUACCUCCCGCAAGAUGGACGAGGGGAAGGUCUACUAGGCGAAGAGUUGCUCGACUGGGUGAACGAUGUUGAUCCUCAACCCGACAACUCCAUAGGCACGUCCAUCAUGUCCUCGCGCGAACCCUGGACCCAUGCCUCCUUUUGGCCCUACAUCACCCGCUGCCUCUUACGCGGCUUCCACCUCCCGGCUUCAUCCUUCCUCCGCACACUCUCCGCCCAUCCUCAUCAGCUCAUAUCGCGCAUCGGCAUCCUGCUCGCUACGCACUUAUCCCUCUUUCCCCGAUCCCACAAUACCGCUUCUUACCCCCUCGACCACCAAUUCCUUUCUGCGCACAAAAUGUGGCUUGCGCGCUUCAGGGCGGAACUGAGCGCUCUGACGGCCGGGAAGCCGAUUGCCCAGUGGCUAGGGGAGGGCGGGGAUUGGAAGGCAUGGGAGAGGGAUUUGAUGGUUGUUGUGGAGUUGAUGGAAGGGAAGAAGGAACGGGUGUUGGAAGAAGCAGCGGAUUGGAGGGAAGCGAUGGGCGCGUGGGGUAUACUAGUGGACGUUGGGCUGAGGAGGGAUGACCUUCCACAAGCGGUAACGAAGAUCCUCGACACUGUUCCUGUCGACGCGUCUCUUUUGGACGACUCGAUCCAAGCCAAUCUCUGCCGAGGCGAGAUCAUCCCGGCCCUCCAAGGGUGCCACAAUAUGGACUCGUGGCUCGCCGCACAUCUCGGGGACGUGUUCGACAAGCUCGCUCUCAUUCCCGACGAUGAAGAGCGCUUCGACUCAUCCCUCCGCGAUUACUUUAUCCUGGACUACACGGACACCCUAUCCGGCAAUCCGAAACACGCAGCACUGUGGCGGAUAACGGCCGACUAUCUCUCGGCGGCAGGCGACGAAGGCAGAGUAAGACUCCGGUCACAUAUCUUGCACACAGCGCUGGGUCUGGAUUGGCGCGCCAAGGGCAAAGGGAAAGAGACAGUGGCCGCAGCGGCCGAAGAUGCGAUGGAGGGGGUAGAGGAAGACGGGGCUGCGCAGGACAAGCGCUUUGAGCACUUUACUGAGCUGCGAGAGUGUUGUGUCGAGCUCAGGCUCGAGGAGGAGUGGAAAGUCAUUAGCAAGGUCAUGGCGGAUAGACUGGUUCGGGGUGGGGAGUAUGGUCUUGGUGCGACGAUGUGUUUCCAGGCGGAAGAUGGGGAGGGGCUGUCGAGGAUCGCAGAAAGGAUCGUUGAUGUGUAUAUCAAUGAAGGCGAAGAAGCCUUCCUUCGAAUAAUAGAAACCCUUCCCACCUCGCUCCUCAAUGAUGCCCCCCUCGCUCUCAAACAGCUCGAAGAAACAGGCGCCGUCCUCGACUUGACGACACCGUCGGCAGUAUCGGUGUUCGCGUCCCGCCUAGCCUUUCUCUCGGAAUUUAGGGAUUACCUUCUCUUUACGGCGCAGGGAGCGAAAGAGUUGGCAGCUGGAAAGGUGGUGGGGCUGUUGACGAGUGGGAUUGCUCCGGCAGGGAUUUGGGCGGUUCUUCUGUUGGAGAGCGUGGCACUGUUGGAAGAUACGGAUAUCCUCUUUUCGUCCAACGACACAUUCGAGCUCAUGCGCGUCCUCGAGGAAGUAUCUACGAAUGCGCGAUACAACCCCUCGGACUAUCUCGGCCCACUAUCGACUCUGCUAAGGCGCAAGAAUGGGUCAGGGGCGCCAGCGCCAGAAGGAGACUGGAGCGCCGCGUCGGCAUGGAGACAGCUGGAAGAGGUCAGGCUGGCGUUAGCGAGGAAUCUGGCCAGGGCGAUUAUUGUGGGGUUUGAUAAUCCGUUCUGA